ACAUUAGGAGGAAGAGUGGGUCUCUCCUCUCUCUCGCGUGGGAGAGCUCUUCGCCUCGCCUUAGCGCAGCACCACUGGCUGGGGCCAGCACGCCACUUCCGGGAUCCGUCAUUGCGCUCGCCCACCGCUCGGUGCGCUCGGCGCGCUCACUCAGUGUGUUCGGAGGACGCGAGCCGGCCGCCAAGCUGACAACACUCGCUGACACUCAUUCACUCACCAGCCAGCUACCAAGCCAGACAGCACCAACCCAGCAAGCAAGCGACGGACCCCGGACAUACAUUUCUUUUGAAUUUUCUUUCCCCGAUUUUUAUUUUUAUUUUUUUUACCCUCCUCCCUCGCCGUCCGCUUGUGCAAAAAAGUCCACACUGGGGCGAAGCAGACAUUUAAAGGAGACAGAGCGAAGAGGACUUAGGGGGGAGGGGGGGCACCGAACUAACGCGCACGGCACCCGAAAAAAAAACAAGAAGGGAGAGGGUGAGCGAGGGAGAGAGAGAGAGAGAGAGAGAAAACUUGAACAUCAUCGCCGAGCGUCAUUCAUUCAUUACCUUGACAACCUCUGGCUUUGAUUGACAGCCGGAGUGGCAAAAAGCCAUGAUAGAAGCGACAGUUGACUUUACGCGCCGCUCGUUGAUGAGCCAAUUGUAACCCUUCCAACGUAUUUUUUGACACUUUAAAUUUUUUUAAAAAUAUUUUCCUUGGGAGGACAAUCGGAUGUUACGAUUUCGGCUCAACCGCUCCGGCGAAUAGGACAAUUCGCCCCAAACAAAACAAAACAAAAAGUUAGUCGACAAAAGGAGGAGGCAAGAGAGAGCCGGGAUUUUUUUUUCCACGCGGACGAGAGGGAUACUAAAUAUUGCACACACACACACAAAAAAAAUCAGUACGGCAUAUUAGGGAGUUUAUCGGAGCCUGAUGGCGCAAAGGUACGACGAGCUGGCCCACUACGGGGGCAUGGACGGCGUAUCGGCGUCCAUGUACGGGGACCCGCACGCACCCCGGCCGCUCCCGCAGGUCCACCACCUCAACCACGGACCGCCGCUACACGCCAGCCAGCACUACGGAGCCCACGCUCCCCACCCCAACGUCAUGCCCACCAGCAUGGGCUCGGCCGUCAACGACGUCCUAAAGAGGGAUAAGGACCAGAUUUAUGGGCAUCCUCUCUUCCCGUUGCUGGCUCUGGUUUUCGAGAAGUGCGAACUGGCGACGUGCACGCCGAGGGAACCCGGCGUGGCCGGGGGAGACGUGUGCUCCUCGGACUCCUUUAACGAGGACAUCGCCGUGUUCGCCAAGCAGGUCCGAGCAGAAAAACCUUUAUUUUCAUCGAAUCCAGAGUUGGACAAUUUGAUGAUACAAGCCAUACAAGUAUUACGGUUUCACCUCUUGGAAUUAGAAAAGGUUCACGAGCUUUGUGACAAUUUCUGCCAUCGGUACAUCAGCUGUUUGAAAGGAAAAAUGCCAAUAGAUUUAGUGAUUGACGAGCGGGAUGGAAGUUCCAAAUCGGACCACGAAGAGCUGUCCGGCUCGUCGACGAACCUCGCUGAUCAUAAUCCGGCAUCCUGGAGAGACCACGACGACGCCACAUCCACGCACUCAGCCGGUACGCCGGGGCCCUCCAGCGGAGGCCACGCGUCGCAAAGCGGCGACAACAGCAGCGAGCAAGGCUUUAUUUUCCGCCCAGGAGAUGGUUUAGACAACAGCGUGGCAUCGCCCGGCACAGGCGACGACGACGACCCGGACAAGGAUAAGAAGAGGCAGAAGAAACGCGGCAUUUUCCCCAAGGUGGCCACCAACAUCAUGAGGGCGUGGCUAUUUCAGCAUCUCACACACCCGUACCCGUCUGAAGAGCAGAAGAAGCAGCUAGCCCAAGACACGGGCCUCACCAUCUUACAAGUUAACAACUGGUUCAUUAAUGCCAGGAGAAGAAUAGUACAGCCCAUGAUUGACCAGUCGAAUCGAGCAGGUUUUCUUCUUGAUCCUUCAGUGAGCCAAGGAGCAGCGUACAGUCCAGAGGGCCAGCCCAUGGGCAGCUUCGUGCUGGACGGGCAGCAGCACAUGGGGAUCCGACCGGGCGGUCUGCCAGGCGUGCCGGCCGACUACGUCCCUCAGCGCGGUCCUAUGGGCGUGAGCAUGGCCCCGGCCCCUUACAGCAACCCCCGUCAGAUGACCUCCUACCCCGGCCAGCUGCGUUACGUGCCCCCUCCUUUCCACUCGUACCCCGUCCAUCCUCACCACCACCACCACCACGCCAUGCCGAUGCACGGAGGACCCUCCUCGUCCCCCCCGGGGAUGUCUGCGCAGAGACCGCCCUUGCUCACACCCAUGGACCCCGCCACUGCAGGAGCGGGCCUGGACAUCCACGCCUGACAGUCAGAAGGGAAACUUUUUCCGGCAACUGCCGCGGCCACUUUGGAAUUCAAGGAGAAGGAAGAGAAAAAAAAAAGCAGCGAGCGGCGCCAUUUUUUUUUUUUGAGAAAUUUUUUUAAGAGUAACAAUCGAAAAAGCUUUUGGAGCUGAACUGAAGAAUUCCAGACAAACUGUGACAACCGCAACUCUUUUUUUUCCUGUUUUUUUUUUCUUUUUUAACAUUUGUUACAUUUUCACCCAAGCGGAGGACCAAGCUGACUUUGUAAAGUCUUGGGCUUUAAAAAAAAACAAAACUGAAAAACAACUCAAAACACUCUUUUCAUGUGGCGCUUCUGAAAAAAAAAAAAGGCAGCGAGAAAGAACCAUCAUUCUGGAAGACUUUUAAAAAUGAAAAAAAACAAACUCCAAGAGUUAUAACUACUGUAGUAAAAUUUUUAAAAAUCUAUAGGUAAAUAAGUUAAAACUUUUUUGUUUUGAUCACGGUUUAAAUUUUUUUUAGGGUUUUUUUCUUUUUUUUUUAAGGAUUUUUAACCCCUUUUGGAGGACUCGCAGCACAGCACUACGUCAACAAAGAAGAAGAUGGAACAUCUCAAAAGGCUUCAACAGGGGCCACCAGGUCCUAAGUACCCCCCCACCCCCACCCUACAACCCACCCUCAAGGCAUGAUGGAAAAGGCUGCUUGACGACAGCCUUGAAGAUUUGUCAUGCCUUUUUAUUUUUAAACUCUAAAGGCUCUUUAAUGAAUGUUUUUAAAGAAAAAAAAACAUUGUUUAAAAUUGCCCAAGCACUGGAUUGUGUUGGUUUUUAUACUUUUUUUUUUCUUCUCCGGGACUCUCAUCCUUAAAGAGCCGAGUGAAGGAAGACGCUCCACGGUGUAGAGGGGGAGGAAAAGAGAAAACACACACACACACACAUAGGGACACACAUGUUGAUUGUGCAGCACUGGAGAGAAGCUAUCGAUGCACCAAAAAAAAAAAAAGAAGAAAAAAAACACUUAAAUUAUGAACUCAAUGUUUUGGGGGGGUUGAAACACCACACACACACACACACACAGGCAUAAAUUAAAAAAAAAGAAAAGCUGAGAGACUAUUGUAACAAACUUCGUACAGAGUUCAAGUCUAUUAAUUGUUUCCUGUUAGAUAUUCUAUGUGUUUACCUCAAUUGAAAAAGAAUGUUUUUUUGCUAGUUUCAGAUCUGCUGUGGCAUUGAUAUUGUAUAUGUCCAUGAAUUCCUUCCUCUUCUGUUCAUUUGGUUUGUUUUCAUUUUGUUUUGUUUUCUCAGCACGUGUUCCUCACUAGAAGAUAAGAUGCCGUCUCCCUUCAAAGCUUUGUCAAAAACGUAAAAAAAACAAACAAACAAAAGGUAACAAAAAAAAGAGAGAAAAAAAUAACAAAAAAAACUUGUAUGAGGACUGUGACGUAUUGUUUUAAAAGGUGUUCAGUCACAAAACGCUGUAAUAAAUAUUUCAUUUUUGA